GCAAUCGUUUUCGUACCUUUUAAAUUGUGUCAGUGAUGUAAAAUCGUGAUUUAGAGGUCGUGAAUAAAUCAAUGAUGCCUUUGAUCAACUAAUUACAACUAUUCGUGAUUUUAGAUAAGGAAUUCAUGUCGGUAUAAAUGUAUUAUUAUUUCACAGGACUUUCAGUGCCAGUUUCACAAGACUUGAAGUCGCCAAUUCAAAAUGAUUUCACUCGGACUUUUCGUUUUCUUGCAGAUUUCAGUCGUUGUAAGGGGCACCCCACAUCCCAAUAAUGGACACACCACCCAAAAGAUUCCUAGCGGUGGAGAAGUAGACGCAGCCAUUGUGAAUAUCAACACCCUCUACACCGACGCCCUGUGUCUCGAGCUUCUUCUGGUCGACUGCGCUACCCAUGUGACAAAGGGAGAUGAGCAAGUGUGUGGCUCCAAUGGGGUAACCUAUAACAACCACUGCCGUUUUACCCACGCGGUGUGCGAGACUCUUUAUGAUGAUCAUAAAAUAACCCUCAAAAGCCACGGCGCAUGUCCAAACACCACUGCCCCUCCAAGCAACGUUGCCACCGUCACCGUCGCUGCUUCUGCAACCACUGCAGUGACACAUGGUACAGGUUCCGGUCACACAACUGACGCGACAACCACUUCCGCUCCAUCGACUACCACUUCCGCCCCAACGAAGGCAACACCAGACCCAAUCGCUUCCAUUGUUCAAAAUGUCUUCUGCAGCAAUCUCGGUUCCAUAUCGUGCUCAGGUGGUUUUGACGUCAUAUGUGGGUCAGAUGGAAAUUACUAUCCAAACCAGUGCGAACUCUCAAAAGCCAAGUGUCAUGACAACGCUCUGACCAUCGUUACCGACAUAAGCAAGUGCGCUGCCAGCGUUUCUGGAGGAAAGUAGCCGUUGUUAUAUGUAUAAUAAAGGUCUUUGAUGAA